AUGACCAAGAUCAAGACAAAAAUAAUUCAAAAAAAAAAAUCCGAUAAUUUAUAUGGAUUCGUUUCAGCAAGUAAUUAUUCUUCAUUCUGUUCUGAAAUUCAAGACGAUUUAUUAGUAGCCACGUUUGAACCACUAUCACAAGAUGCAUUUGAAGAUAUGCCAGAACCAUUGUCACAAGAUACACCUGAACCACUGUCACAAGAUACACCUAAUGUUUUGCGAAGUGCAUUAAUUGAGCUUGACCAAAACGUUCAUACUAGUCAAAUUGAAAUGCAAGUUGGUCUGGAGAAUGAAGGCAAGACUCAAAAGCAGAAAUAUAAGGAACCUCUGGAGAAAUUACUUACCGGCAAUACAUUUAACAAUUGUACAUUUAAUUUCGAGUCUUAA